GCAAGACACUUUGAGGAGUAGCUGGAAGGUUGUGAGGUGAACUGUGGGUGCGAGGAAACCAGAAACGACACACACACACACACACACACACACACAACACAGAGGUUUAUUUACGCUGCUGGUCCCGUCCACGCUGCUUACACUUUCUGCCACUCCAGCCAAACAUGGCAAGACUACGGAGGAAAGCCUGUAUAGCUCUCUUUCUCUUCACGCUGUUCGUCUUUGGGACCAUGAUGGGACUGAGGACCCUGAAGCCCACUGACGGCUUCUCGGAUCUGGCUCCGGGCUUGGAGCUGCUGCCGAUGAUAGGGGGGAAGAUGGACCGGCGCUCCGUGUCCCGUGACGCCACCGCGUCCCCGGGUCAAGCCCGCCCGGCUGGCAGCAACACCAAAGCAGUUUUGUCCAACUCCGGCCCCGAAGGGACUAUAUUUUAUGAUGUUCAUAUUUUUUACUACACCUGGUACGGUAACCCGCAUAUGGACGGAAAAUACAUUCACUGGGACCACAUCCUCGUUCCACACUGGGACCCCAAAAUCGCAUCCAGCUACCCGAGAGGGAGACACAUGCCGCCCGAGGACAUCGGGUCCAGUUUUUACCCCGAACUCAAUCCGUACAGCUCGAGGGACCCGGACGUGUUGGAGUCCCACAUGGAGCAGAUUGGAGCAUCUGCAGCAGGGGUUCUGGUCCUGUCCUGGUAUCCUCCCGGCCUGGCUGAUGACAACGGGGAACCUGCUGAAGAUUUGGUACCAGCUGUACUGGAUGCUGCAUAUAGACAUAACCUCAAGGUGGCAUUUCACAUCCAGCCAUACAGAGGACGAAACGACCAGAGUGUGCAUGACAACAUCAAGUAUAUCAUUGACAGGUACGGUGACCAUGGAGCCUUCUACAAGUUCACUUCCAGCACAGGGAAGAGUCUUCCUCUAUUUUAUAUCUACGACUCGUACCUAACUCCACCAGAGUCCUGGUCUGAAUUUUUGACUCCCACUGGCUCCCACAGCGUGCGUGGCUCAGCCUAUGACUCCAUCUUCAUUGCCCUGAUUGUGGAGGAGCGCCACAAGCAUGACAUCCUCGCAGGUGGCUUUGACGGCAUGUACACUUACUUCGCUUCCAACGGUUUCUCUUUCGGCUCCUCUCACCAGAACUGGAAGGCCAUCAAAGCCUUUUGUGACGGCAACAAUCUCCUUUUCAUCCCCAGCGUUGGGCCUGGUUAUAUCGACACCAGCAUCCGGCCUUGGAACAACCACAACAUGCGCAACAGGGUGAACGGACGUUACUACGAGACGGCCCUGCAGGCAGCACUCAAUGUGAGGCCAGAAAUGGUCACCAUCACAUCUUUUAAUGAAUGGCACGAGGGGACGCAGAUAGAGAGGGCGGUACCCAAAAAAACAGUGACCCGUGUGUACUUGGACUAUCAGCCACAUGGACCUGAUCACUACCUGGAGCUGACCCGCCGCUGGGCAGAGCAGUUCAACAAAGAGAAGGAGCAGUGGCUCAUGUGAGCUUUUCAUCAAACUGACUUGAAACGGCAUGCUCUAGUAGUGGAAGUGUCUGUACACGCGAAAGAGAAAGAACAAAAGGGAGUGAAUGUAGAGUGACCAGUAUAGAUUUGAGUGCAUAAGGAUGUGCUUUUACCUUUAAUUGACCGGCUUUGAGACUUCCUGUGAGUGAGUGCAUUUGUGCACAGAUGCUGAUCUGCAAGAAUAGAUCCUGUGUUGGUGGUGUGACUGUCUUAAAGUUUUCAGGUAAAGCAGCAUUAAAGGGUUAUUCUUGGGAAUUUCCAUUGACAGCCCAGACUUCUGAAAUGCUCUGUAGGGUGGUCCCUGACCUCUAUUCAUUUAAUGAUUUUCUCAAAUACGCUUGUUACCUAAGAAACUCCUGCCUGAGAUAUUCAUAAAUACUGUAACCAUGUAAAGGCCUCAUUUCCCUCUCUGCAGUUACAUAAUAGAAUUGAUUUACAAAAGCAAGACACUUUCAUGGUUUUGCUUUGAUCCACAAGACUCUCCAAACAGAAUGAGACACUAAUCUUUAUCUUUCCUUUUUCCCCGCUUCAGAGAGCUCAUUGAAAUGGUGUUUUAAAAGCUGUGAG